GCGGACAUUUUUUAUGCGCGCAACAAGAACGAGAAACCGAAACGGAAAGGCAAAAGAGCUACUGGCAGUGUAUCGCAAAGAAUCGCAAAGCAAAGAAAGAGCCAAGUGCGUGUGUUUUUAAACCGAACAAAUUCGAGCCAGAUUACACUAGCGACCAACAAAAGAGGAUCAGCAGAAAAAUAAAAUGGGUAAAACUCAGAGCAAGCGUUCAAUUGACAUCACCACCGACCCCAAGAAGGUGGCAGAGACCGAUGAGGUGGCCGGCAAGGUGGAGAAGAUCGAUGUUGAUCAAAAGGCAGAAGCACCAGCGGCGGUGAAUGGAGAUGCGCCCACACCGAAAGAGGGUGGUGCAGAUGGAGAAGUAGCAGCGGGAGCUGCAGGAGAGAAAAAGGAAACCGAGGAGAACUCUGAAAACGACAAAGAUCUGACCACCGAAAAGAAUGCUGCAGCCGCUGAGGGUGGUGGCGAUGCUGCUGCAGCAGCUGAGACAUCGAAGGGCGAGGAGGUCCCCAAGGAGGCGGCGGCUGGCGAGGAUAUCACUCCGCUUGCCGACGAGAGCAUCAAGUCCAAGUCCAAGAAGGACAAGGUAAAAAAGAAGUGGUCCUUCCGCAGCAUCUCCUUUGGCAAGAAGGACAAACAGAAGCCGGCUAAGUCAGAGGAAGCUGUAUCACCCACCUCUGCCACAACGUCGCCCACGGCGGCCGAGGCAGCCGCUGCUCCGGCUGCGGAUGCUGCUGCUCCAGCCGAGCCAGCGGCCACCACGAACGGUGAGGCCGAAAAGCCAGCCGAGACUGCCAGCGCAGCUACCAGCACGACGGCUGCCAAGGAGGAGGUUAAACCAGCUGAGAAUGGUUCUGCGAGUGAGCAGGAGAAACAGGCUAAUGGUGAAGCUGAGAAGGCGGCGCCUGUGCCAGCACCAGCUCCAGUUGAGGAAGCGGCACAGCCCAAGCCCGUUGAGGAAGCCACUGUCACUGCCACCGAAGAAGUCGUUGCCGUUAAGGAGAUUCAGCAGCCAGAGCAGGAAAAGGUUGUGGUGACCAAUGGACAUGGAGCCGCUGAUGGAGAGGCGCUUACUAAUGGAUCUAGCAAUGGAUUGGCCGAAUCCCCAGUGGCCGAGACAGCACCACCAGCAGCUGACAACAUUCCAAGCAACGUUGAUGACGAGCAGCCGCAUCAGAAUGGCACCAAUGGCACUGCCACGCCACCACCCACUCCCGUCGCCGUUGAGGCCGAAAAGGGACAGCAAAUUGAGGCACCAGAGACCACUACCACCACCGUCACCAGCAGCAGCAGCAGCAGCCAAGCGGAGGAGGAAGUUGUGGCGGCGAUCAUUCAAGCGGUUAGCAGCGAGGUUGAAGCUGAAACGGAGGCCGAGACCGAGACCGAGGCUGAGGGCUUUGUGGUUGUUCCUUCCGUGUCCGAGGCCGAAGUCGAGGUCCCUGUUUCCACUGUCCCUGUUGCCGUUGCCCUAGCCGAGCCCGAGUCUGUAGCCGAACUAGAUGUUGUACCCAAUAUUGAAACAGAGAAUGUAGCCGAACUUCCUGAGCCUGUGGAGAUUAGGAGCAGCAGUCCACCUCCAUUGCCCAAAUCCCCGCCACCAUCCCGUGUCUCCGCCUUUGUUCUCUCCGAAGAAGAUGUUAUCGAGGACCAGGAACCAGUCAAGUCAAAUAAUGAAGAGCAGCGCGACGAGAUUGAGCAGCAAGCCAUUAGUAUUGUGGCUGAGAUCACACAGCAGGCGGCCGAAAUUGUUACUGAGAAGGAGAAACUGAUCGAAGAAGAGGCGGAGGAGGAGUCCAUCCCUGAAGCGCCGCAAGAAACCAUCUUCACAGUUGUAGAGGAAAUUACUUUGAAUGUUGGCAAUGAAGAUGCACCUACCACUCAGGCUGCGUUCGAAGAGCCAAUUUCAGCAGUUGUUCCCUCCUCAAGCGAUGCGGAGGAAUCUGUCAUAGUCUCUGCUCCCAUUGAUCCCGCGGACGUUGAGGAUAUUGCAGUUGCUCCUGUCGUUGAUGAGGAAACUAUUGCGGUGCAAGAGGAAGUUGCCAGCGAGGAAACAAAGAGCUUCACUGAAGAACAGAUUCAAGAUGAACAGACGCAAGUUGAUAAAGAAGUGGUAGACAUCGUUGAGGAUAAGGAAGAAACCAAACCAGAAGAAGAGAAGAAGGAGGAGGAGCAAAAGCAGGAAACCAAUAUCGAGGAUACGCAUAGCGAGAACGAGAACGAAACCGAAAGCGACGUAGUCGGAAACAUCAUUAGCGAACAUCUGGCGGAACCGAUCAUCAAGGCGGGCGAAGGAGAGCUGCUGACCGAUUUGGAUGUGAGUUCCACGGAAGCGCUGGCGGGCGAGAGCAGCAACAAGGUGGAUCUCGCCAAGGAUCUGAAGGAGAAGAAUGCCGCGGCAGAUGUUACAACACAGGAACAGCAACUGCCCGUUACAUGCGAAUAAUCCUACUCAUAAUUAUUAUAUAUAAUAUUACAUAUUAUUAAAAACAAAACAACAAGAAA